UCUGUUGAGCAUCAUCGUCUUGAUUGCUCCAGCUGGGGAGGAAUGAAUGAAUGAGUGGAUUAAUCGUUGCUAGAACUUCAAGAUCAUCGGAUGGCCCUGCUGCCCAGUUACAAUGCUGCGAUGGUUGUGCAUUUUCGUGAUAAUUUCGUUAUCGGAUUACGCGUCGAGUGUUGAGUAUUUUGCAGAUACACCACCAGCGGAUUACUAUAAGAGAUCAAAUCUGUCAGAUUGUCCGAUUCGAUUCUAUUGGGAUAUUAACAGGUAUAAUUUCCACGCUGCUUUUGGUGGAGAACGCGCGUUUAUUGGCGAGUAUCAACAUAUGGUUGUUAUUGGUUGGGCUACCGAGGGUGGCAUUCAGUACAAGUGUGGAGGAACUCUCAUAUCGUCGAAGUUUGUGCUUACUGCAGCUCACUGUGGUCUAGAUGGUAAUGGCGAGGAACCUGUAACCGUACGCCUAGGAGACACUGACUUGAGCAGCGCAAAAGAUGACCAAUUUGCCCAGCAAAUCGCUAUUCGACAGAUCCGAAUGCAUCCUCAAUACGUCCCAUCAAAAAAAUAUUUCGAUAUUGCGCUAAUAGAACUCGAAUCGGAAGCGACCUUCGAUGAGGCCGUUUGUCCCGCCUGUUUGUGGAUGACUCCGGAUCUGCCACCGGAAACACUGAGCGCCGUUGGGUUUGGUGCUCUCGGCUUUGGAGAGCAAUCGAGCCCGACUUUGCAAAAAGUUCGGCUAUCGGUGAUAAACACUACCGAAUGCCUCAGCCGACUGCCAACUAACCGGCGAUCGUUGCCGAGAGGUCUCGUCGAAGAGCAAUUUUGUGCGGCUAGUUCAACAAUGGAUACUUGUGAGGGCGAUUCUGGUGGGCCUCUCCAAACGGAACGAGCUGAUGUGACCGGCUUUAAGGUUCCGUUGGUCGUUGGAGUAGUAUCGUUUGGGACACCCUGCAGCUCGGGUUCUACUGGGGUCUAUACUAGAGUAGCAUCGUACCAGAAGUGGAUAGAACAGGAAACCGGACUCCCUUUUUCGAAUGCGGCAUGUGCACGGACUACCAAAUGUUUCAAUAGGAAGCGUGAGACCAAUAUAAAUUUGGCAAACAUCGAUAGCGCUCCUAGUCAACCGUACCACAGGGUUGGAAUUCUUUGGAAGAAAACAGACAUCAAUCUGUUCCGGUGCGGUGGUACCCUGAUCGAUUAUCGACAUGUCCUAACGUCAGCGCAUUGCGCAAUGCUUCAAGGACCUCCCAAAUUCAUAGUGGCCGAAGAGAACGAAGAAAAGGUUCCGAUUGAAGAUAUAAUCAUUCAUCCACUUUACACGGAGGCACGGCCGGAAAAUGAUUUAGCCAUCCUGCGGCUCUCGAAAUACCUUCAGGCAGAUUCCAGCCUUCUUCCGGCUUGUUUGGCGCGUGAAUCGCAGCUUAACGGUUCAAUCUACUUCUCUGCCUAUUCUCCUGAGUUUCCGUGGGAUAACCACAAGUUCAGUGAAGACAAGAACGUCCGCUACGUUGUCAGGAAUGACAUUGUGAACAAUGGACAAUGUUCCAAUCCUAAGUACCAGAAAAGCAAUUUGCUCUGUAUGGAAAACAAAAAUAAAAUUAUUCCUGAUGUUUGUAAAAUGGACAUGGGAGGACCGAUCACUAACUUGGCUUACUUUCAGUAUUUACCGUGGUUAUAUGGUGUGGUGUCAUCACUAGGCAAGCGAUGUGAGGAUCCUCUUGUUGGUGUUAGAAUUGCACCUCAUGUCGAUUGGAUUGAGAGCAUGGUGUUGGAUAACAGAGAGGAUCGCUUGAUAUUCAGUUCGUAAAUAAUGCCAGAGAUUUUGCUCUUUUACACGCAUUUAGAUAGUUCUAGUUGGCCAAUCAUCUGUAAAUUAAUCGUUAAAUUUUGGAAAACAACUCAUAACAAAAGUAAAAUAAGAAAGAUAUUGUAAAAUAAUACAUUUCUGUAAGUACUCAGCUGAACGAUUUCUUUUCGGGACUCAAUAAUGGCUUAUCAAUAACAACU